AUGGCAGCUCAAGUAGAAAACCAAGAUUCAGAAUUAUUGGAUAUGGAGAAAUACUAUGAAAAUUAUAUUCUUAUUGAUAUUGGUGCUAAUUUAACUAAUAAAAAGUAUGGUAGAGAUUUAGAUUCUGUUAUACAAAGGGCUAAAGAUUCGGGAGUUAGAAAAAUUAUGGUAACAGGGACAUCAGUAAAAGCCAGCAAGGAAGCCUUAAGGUUAACUAGAAUAUAUCCAGAUACUUUAUACUCUACAGCAGGGAUACACCCACACGAUGCCAAAUCAUAUACAGAUGAAUCUUGGGAUGAAUUGAGGCUAAUAGCCAGUAAUGCAGAAUGUGUAGCCAUAGGAGAAUGUGGAUUAGACUACAACAGGAAUUUCUCAGAUCCAGAAGAUCAAAAACUAGUGUUCAGAAAACAUAUCGAAUUAGCUAUCGAAAUAAACAAACCUGUAUUUGUUCACGAACGAGAUGCUCACGAUGAUUUAUUGAAAGUUUUAGACGAAUUUAGCGCCAAACUACCUCCAGUUGUGAUACAUUGCUUUACUGGUACUUUAGAGCAAGCCCUAGCGUAUCUAGAUAAAGGGUUUUACAUAGGAUUAACAGGCUACUUAUGUAAAGACAAAUCAGAUGUUGGGGUAAGAAAGCUCUUAGAAUCUGGUUCUUUGCCUUUAGAUCGACUAGUAGUUGAAACAGAUUCACCUUUUAUGUACCCUAAUACACGUGCUUCGAAAUUGCCAGACCAUGUUAAAGACAGCUUAACGGAGAGAUCGAUGAUGUUCCUCCAUCGCUACUGCACUUUUCAACGAAACGAACCUUGUUCACUCCCGGCAAUUGUCGAAAUGAUAGCAGCUUUUAUGAAAAAGAAACCCGAAGAGGUUGCGCUAGCGACUUCAUUUAAUUCAAUGAAAUUAUUUGGUUUAUCGUAA